UUCAUACUUCAAAGCCAUUCUUCGUUUUAAAAAUCUCUUCCUCUGUCCUAAAUGAGUCCCUGUACUCAGUCAAUACUCUUCUCUUUGUAUCUCAACGCAACAUUUGUUCAGCUUUAAACUCGUGCAUCACUUUCACGGAUUAAUGAAUGAAGUUCCUUCUAAAUUAAAUUAAAUGUCAAUUAAAGUGAUAGAUACCCUAACUCUAAUCCCAAUAACCGACUAAUUCAAGCUAUUCAACGGAGUUAGCGAAGUCCUUAAAGAGAAUUUGCACUGUCCACACUUUGAUUGAAGAGGAUUCACGUAAGGAAUCCGUAAUAGAAGGGAAUAUCCGCUAUUUAAAGCAUUGCAACGUAUGAUAUCGAGACGCAAGAACAUGUAUGCCUGCCAUCUUAUCAUCUUAUCAUCAUAUGUCUUUUUAAUAAAAAAUCCAACUUCCUUUUUCACGUAUGAGAUAUUUCAAGACGAUGAAUUCCGAGUGGAACCGAUGGAAACUGAGAUAUCGACUCAAGCUGUGCGCGUCGGUCAAUAAACUUCCCGCCAACGUCGCUCGUGGCCGACUUCCUAAUGCUCCAAGCGACAAGACCAAUGACAGUGCCGGGAUUGAAGGUCACGUGGCCAGCUAAUGCCCUCAGUGCGACUACGCGGGAACGUAGCUCGCCAAUUGGUUGUGGACGAACGUUUACUCGUUUCCACGGCGCAAGUAUCGCCCGGCUGGAGCCGAUGAGACGCUCAAUCCGUAAAAACGUGCUUGAGUGCGCGACGUAGCGCAGUGGGUCAGCCGGCAUUGAUUCGGCAGCACAUGUGAAAGAUAUCGCGAACGAUGCCCGUUCACGUGUCCACCAGGCCCGAUGGCAGAAUCGACUGUUACCUUCUUUUGGAAGACGGCAGUUUUUAUCCAGGAAAACGUUUCGGUGCCAACGUACCCGUCGACGGUGAAAUUGUUUUCCAGACUGGUCUGAUCGGUUAUCCGGAAUCACUCACGGACCCUUCUUAUCACGCCCAAAUUUUAGUGCUUACUUAUCCACUCAUAGGAAAUUAUGGUAUCUUUGGUGACGAUAAGGACGAAUAUGGUAUACCAUAUUGGUUCGAAUCUCAUCGCAUUUGGGCUGCUGGACUCGUGGUCGGGGAAGUUUGCGAGAAGCCGAGUCAUUGGCGAUAUAUCAAAACCUUAUCUCAAUGGAUGACAGAACAAAAUGUACCCGGAAUAUAUGAAGUUGACACACGAGCACUAACAAAAGUUAUUCGUGAAAAGGGCACAAUUUUGGGCAAGAUAAUAUUCGAUCAGCCACCGCAAAAUAGUAUUCGAUCACUUGGCACUUCGAUGACAAGUCUAUGUAUAGAAGAUCCCAAUAACAGGAAUCUGGUGGCAGAAGUUUCCCAGCCGGUACCAAAAACGUACAAUCCGAGCGGACACCCUCGCAUAUGCGUAGUGGAUUGUGGAUUGAAGUAUAACCAGUUGAGGUGCCUGUUAAGACGUGGUGCUCGCGUAGACAUCGUACCUUGGAACCACGACUUGAGAAUCGCCGAAUACGACGGUCUGUUUCUCAGCAACGGUCCAGGUGAUCCCAAUAUGUGCCGCGAGACCAUAAGGAAUAUCCAGGCGUUUUUCCAAGAAGAAAAGAAAAAAGAGGGAAAGAGAAGACCCAUCUUUGGCAUAUGCCUUGGGCAUCAGUUGUUAUCUUUGGCCGCUGGAUGUGUUACAUAUAAAAUGAACUACGGCAAUCGAGGCCACAAUCAACCGGCGACCCAUCAUGGUACCAAACGUUGCUUCAUGACCUCGCAGAAUCACGGAUUCUGCGUCGACGCGUUUCGACUGCCGACCGAUUGGGAGGUACUCUUCACCAACACCAAUGACAACAGUAAUGAAGGUGUGACUCACACAUACCUGCCGUACUUCUCCGUUCAAUUUCACCCGGAACACACAGCGGGUCCUGAAGAUUUAGAAUGUCUCUUCGACGUGUUUCUGGAGAGUGUGAAGGACGAGAUCAACGGUUGCCCGCGGAUCUCAAUAAAGGACAGAAUCAUUCAGAAACUGACCUACCAACCUGCGGUGCCGGUGGCGGUUAAUCGCCCAAAGAAAGUACUGAUUUUGGGCUCAGGUGGACUGAGCAUCGGUCAGGCCGGAGAAUUCGACUACUCAGGCUCGCAGGCGAUAAAAGCUCUGAAGGAAGAAUCGAUACAGACUCUAUUAAUUAAUCCCAAUAUCGCCACGGUGCAGACUUCGAAAGGCAUGGCUGAUAAGGUGUACUUCUUGCCGAUCACGCCGAAAUACGUCGAGCAGGUAAUACGAUCGGAGAGGCCGGACGGAGUGCUAUUGACAUUCGGUGGACAAACCGCUCUCAAUUGCGGCGUGGAACUUGAGAAGAAUGGAGUGUUUGCGAAAUACAAUAUUAAAAUCUUAGGAACACCGAUCGAGUCUAUCAUACAAACCGAGGACAGAAAAAUGUUCGCAGAUCGCAUUGGCGAAAUAAAUGAAAGAGUUGCACCGAGUGCUGCUGUGUAUUCUAUUCAAGAGGCAUUAGAUGCUGCAGAACAAUUGGGCUAUCCUGUUAUGGCACGUGCUGCGUUUUCACUCGGCGGUCUUGGAUCCGGAUUUGCGAAUACGAAGGACGAACUCAGAAUAUUGGCCCAGCAAGCUUUGGCUCAUUCCAGCCAAUUGAUAAUCGACAAAUCUCUGAAAGGUUGGAAAGAAGUCGAGUACGAAGUUGUUCGGGAUGCGUAUGACAACUGCAUUACGGUGUGUAACAUGGAGAACGUCGAUCCUCUCGGUAUCCACACCGGUGAAUCAAUCGUUGUAGCACCGAGUCAAACACUAUCGAAUAAGGAGUACAACAUGCUGCGAACUACCGCCAUAAACGUCAUCAGACAUUUCGGCAUUGUCGGAGAGUGCAAUAUUCAGUAUGCUCUGAACCCCUCUUCCGAGGAGUACUACAUUAUUGAAGUGAACGCCAGAUUGUCCAGAAGUUCAGCUUUAGCCAGCAAAGCUACCGGGUAUCCUUUGGCUUACGUAGCCGCUAAAUUGGCUCUAGGAAUACGUCUUCCGGACAUUCGGAACUCCGUCACUGGAGAUACAACGGCUUGCUUUGAGCCCAGUCUCGAUUAUUGCGUGGUCAAAAUACCAAGAUGGGAUCUCAGCAAAUUUCAUCGUGUCUGCACCAAAAUCGGCAGUUCCAUGAAGAGCGUGGGCGAAGUGAUGGCGAUCGGCCGUAAAUUCGAGGAGGCUUUCCAGAAGGCAUUGAGAAUGGUUGACGAGAACGUGAACGGCUUCGAUCCUUACGUGAAGCCGGUCAACGACGAGGAGUUGGAGAAGCCGACCGACAAGAGAAUGUUCGUCCUCGCCGCUUCGAUCAAGGCCGGUUACACGGUCGAUCGGCUGUACGAGCUCACCAAGAUCGAUCGUUGGUUCCUCGAGAAGAUGAAGAACAUCAUUGACUAUUACACGAUCCUAGAGAACACCGACCACACGAAACUCAUGCACGACGUGUUGCUGGGCGCGAAGAAAAUCGGCUUCUCGGAUAAACAGAUCGCUGCUGUAGUGAAGAGUUCAGAAUUGGCAGUUAGAUUGCAGAGACAAGAACACCGCAUACUACCUAUGGUCAAGCAGAUUGAUACGGUUGCUGCUGAAUGGCCAGCCACUACAAAUUAUCUCUAUCUGACAUACAGUGGCACUACUGACGAUGUGGAAUUUCCUGGAGGAUAUACGAUGGUGAUAGGUUCCGGGGUAUACAGAAUCGGCAGCUCGGUGGAGUUCGACUGGUGUGCCGUGAGUUGUUUGCGCGAACUGCGAAAUCUUGGGCGCAAAACCAUCAUGGUGAAUUACAAUCCGGAAACUGUUAGUACCGACUACGACAUGAGCGACCGAUUGUACUUCGAGGAGAUCUCCUUCGAGGUGGUGAUGGAUAUAUACGAUCGUGAGUGCCCUGAAGGUAUUAUUCUGUCUAUGGGCGGACAGCUACCUAACAAUAUUGCCAUGGAUCUACAUAGACAGCAAGCACGAAUCCUCGGAACCUCGCCGGAAUCAGUCGACGGCGCCGAGAAUCGCUUCAAGUUCUCCCGUAUGCUCGACGGCAUCGGUAUAUCGCAACCGAGAUGGAAAGAAUUAACGAACUUGAAGUCCGCCAUUGAAUUUUGCGAGACAGUCGGCUAUCCGUGCCUUGUUCGCCCUUCGUACGUACUGAGCGGAGCUGCGAUGAAUGUCGCCCAUUCGCAUCAGGAUCUCGAGUCUUAUUUGAAAAGCGCCAGCGAAGUCAACAAGGAACAUCCAGUCGUGAUAUCAAAAUUCAUUCUCGAAGCAAAGGAGAUCGAUGUUGAUGCUAUAGCUUACGAAGGGAUCAUUUUAUGUAUGGCAGUCUCCGAACAUGUAGAAAACGCUGGAGUUCAUUCAGGUGACGCUACAUUGGUAACACCACCACAGGAUAUUAAUCCAGAGACUCUGAUGAAGAUAAAGAGCAUUUCCAAAGCAGUAGCUGCGUCCUUGGGAGUUACCGGUCCCUUCAACAUGCAGUUGAUCGCAAAGGAUAACGAGUUGAAGGUGAUCGAAUGUAACGUCAGAGUAUCAAGAUCUUUCCCUUUUGUCUCGAAAACUUUGGAUCACGAUUUCGUCGCAAUGGCAACUCGAAUUAUCAUUGGGGAAAGAAUAGAUCCUGUGGACGUUCUAGCUGGUUGCGGAAAAGUUGCAGUGAAAGUACCCCAAUUUUCUUUCUCUCGGCUGGCCGGCGCUGACGUAACUCUGGGUGUCGAGAUGGUAUCUACAGGCGAAGUAGCGUGCUUCGGCGACAAUCGUUACGAGGCUUACCUAAAAGGCAUGAUAAGCACCGGCUUUCACAUUCCUCAGAGAGGUAUUUUACUCUCUAUAGGAAGUUUCAAGCAUAAAAUGGAACUGCUCCCAUCUAUUAGAAGCCUUAAGAACAUGGGUUACAAGCUGUAUGCCAGCAUGGGUACUGCGGACUUCUACACAGAGCAUGGAGUCGAGGUAGAACCAGUGCUGUGGACGUUCGAGAAUAUCGGUAUGCACGAGGAUUCCAGUCCGAGCGAACUUCGGCAUCUCGCCGAUUUUCUGUCGAAGAAGCAAUUCGAUCUCGUGAUCAAUCUGCCGAUGAGGAACGGCGGUGCCCGUCGUGUUUCCAAUUUCAUGACUCACGGUUACAGGACAAGAAGACUCGCGGUCGAUUACUCCGUGCCUUUGGUCACAGAUGUCAAAUGCGCGAAACUACUGGUCGAGGCGAUGAGAAUGGUUGGCGGAAAAGCCCCGCGCAUGAAAACUCACACUGACUGCAUAACGUCGCGCAGGAUGAUUAAGUUACCUGGUUUUAUCGACGUACACGUGCACACCCGUGAACCAGGUGCUGUUCACAAGGAGGACUACGCCUCUUGCACCGCGGCUGCUCUCGCCGGCGGUAUCACGACCAUUUUCGCGAUGCCAAACACUAAUCCGGCAGUGGUAGACCAUCAGACUUUCGCUCUAGCUAAAGAAAGAGCCGCAGCUGGUGCACGAUGCGAUUAUGCACUAUUCGUCGGUGCAUCAUUGGACAACUACGAUAUUAUACCAGAAAUAGCGCCGCAUGCAGCCGCCCUGAAGAUGUACCUAAACGAGACAUUCACCACCCUUCGUCUCACCGACCUUACGGUUUGGAUUAAGCAUUUCGAAAGCUGGCCCAGGAAAUAUCCAGUGUGUGUGCACGCCGAGGGACAAACAACAGCUGCAGUUCUUCUGCUCGCGAGUUUACACAACAGACCAAUCCACGUGUGUCACGUUGCGCGCAAAGAAGAGGUAGAAAUUAUACGCGCCGCCAAGGAGCAUGGAUUGGCAGUCACGUGCGAGGUAUGUCCGCAUCAUUUGUUCCUCUGUGAAGAUGACUUGGAACGAAUAGGUAGGGAAAGAGGCCAGGUGAGGCCCACUCUAGGAACGAAGAAGGACCAACAGGCUCUCUGGGACAAUUUGGACAUUAUUGAUUGUUUCGCUACCGAUCAUGCUCCACACACCGUGCAAGAAAAAUCCUCUGAGAAGCCACCUCCAGGAUUCCCCGGGCUGGAAACCAUCCUACCGUUGUUACUCAAUGCUGUGCACGAAGGAAGAUUGACCAUGGAGAACAUUAUCGACAAGUUAUACCGAAAUCCCAAAAAGAUCUUCAACAUCCCCGACCAACGUCACACUUACAUCGAGGUCGAUUUAGACGACGAAUGGGUUAUCCCAGAAGCAAUGCCGUUCAGCAAAUCGGGAUGGACGCCCUUUGCUGGUAUGAAGAUUCGCGGUUCUGUGCAUAGAGUAGUCUUAAGAGGCGAGGUUGCUUACGUGGAGGGACAAGUCCUGGUAAAUCCCGGAUUCGGUCAAGACAUCAGGGAUGUUCAACAUAAGAUGAAAGCUCCACCAACGAUCCACGUGCCGAUAGCAGACGCUAUCAGCAAACCGCUGUCACUGCUGGAUGGUCUCUUGUCACCAAAUAAUGAGAAACACAACGCACGCGCCGAUCGUAUUGCUGAUUUAUCCGAAGAGGAACUAAAUGAAUCGUUUGCAUCUCUUCUACAACCAUUGACGCACAAAUCAAACGUAUGCUUUGCGCUGGAUGUCGACACGAAAGAACAUUCUAAAACACUACCUUUUCAAAGGACCAUUUCUCCAUUACCAAUUAGUAAUGCCACCAAAUACAAAAGCGACAGUAAUCCGAAUCUUCUUAUGACCACCGUCACGCCGGCUCCUGCCGUUCACACAAGCCUGGUUGGACAUCAUGUACUCACCGUGAACAUCUUUAAUAAGGAAAUAUUGAAAGAUAUAUUCUUCCUUGCCGAACUCUUCCGUAAUGCCAUCAGAAAAGAGCGACCUUUGGAUCACAUACUAAAGGGAAAAAUUAUGGCUUCCAUCUUCUAUGAAGUCAGCACAAGAACAUCGUGCAGUUUCGCUGCCGCGAUGCAACGUCUUGGAGGUCGCGUGAUACACAUGGACGGUUCUACAUCAUCAGUUCAAAAAGGAGAAACGUUAGAAGAUUCCGUAGCAAUUAUGGCAGGAUACGCGGAUGUGGUAGUACUUAGGCACCCACAGCCAAACGCAGUAGCGAGAGCCGCGCAGCAUUGUAGAAAACCAUUAUUGAAUGCCGGUGACGGAGUUGGCGAACACCCCACGCAAGCAUUGCUCGAUAUUUUUACGAUACGAGAUGAAUUUGGGACCGUAAACGGCCUCACAAUCACGAUGGUAGGAGACUUGAAAAAUGGCAGAACAGUUCAUUCCCUCGCAAGGUUACUGACCUUAUACAACGUGGAACUUCGUUAUGUGUGCCCACCUGGCCUCGAAAUGCCAGAUCAAGUCACUAAUUACGUGGCCAAGCGCGGAAUCCUACAAGAAAAGUUUGCCACUCUGGAAGAGGCACUGCCUGAGACUGACGUCCUUUACAUGACUCGAAUACAACGCGAGCGUUUCGCUACACAGGAGGAAUAUAAUCAGGUGUGCGGACACUUCAUAGUCACCCCGCAAUUGAUGUCGCGCGCAAAGAGGAAGAUGACGGUGAUGCAUCCCUUGCCACGCGUCUUCGAAAUAAGCACCGAGUUCGAUACCGAUCCGCGAGCAGCUUACUUUCGACAAGCCGAAAACGGGGUCUACGUACGCAUGGCAUUACUGGCUAUGGUCCUUGGACGCACUUGAUCUACGGUCACUCGUCGCUUGUAGGUCAUGGCACUUCCGCCAGCCUGGUGAACAAGGUCAAUAACGCUCGCCACCGUAGACACGCUCGCACUUUCAAUCAGACUGUGAUACGUUCGUGAGAACGUCGCCAAGUUACAAAUCUUUCUGACAUUCCUAUUAUUAGCUGUCAAGAGCUUAGCAAUCAUUUUCUAACGAAACUUACAGUAAACUUUGACAACAGGGAUUUUUACAAUGCAUUUUUGAUAAUACAUUAAAAUACUUCCAAUGCUUUUAAUAUGUUGAUAUAUUUUGUCUCGAAGCAAUUCUUGUUUCUGCUACAUAUAUUUCUAAGAACUAUAUUCUAUAGUUAUAGAACUUUAUUAUAUAGUUCUUAGGAAAUUUACAAGCGCACGCGAGCCUAAAAAUAAUUUUUAGAAAACGUUUUAAACGAUACCAUGCAUAAAAAAAUUGUAAGUGAAAUUUCAAAAGAAAUUAAACGACAAAAAUUUAUAACCGAAGUACAAAUAUUUUAAGAAUUUUGAUAUUCUAAAUUCUGUACUACGUACAGAAACAUUAAACAGAUUUUAUUAUUUUUGAUACAUAAUGUUCAAUACAACAAAUGCAUACAUAUAUCAGAAAUACAAGAUUAAAGACAUAUAUUUGUACAAUACAAAUACAAAACAAAAAUAUAACGCA